GAUUAACAAAAAAUUAACAGAAUUAAACAGAGGUUGAGCCCCACCGACCUUGUAACCCUAACCAUGGACUCCACGACCCUAAUUCAACCCCACCCCACUUCAAAACUCCCAAUCAAACGCAAAACCCCCGAUCCUAAUCCUCCACCACUCGACGGCGGAGCUCCGCCGUUCAAAUUCCACCGCAUUUGGACCGAACCCGACGAGAUCCGCUUCUUGCAGGGCCUAUUGGAUUGCUCCUCUCAGAAUGUAGCCUUUCCCAGAGACUUGGGGAUCUUCUACGCCAGAUUCUCCAGCACAAUGCCGCAGCCGUACACGAAAUCGCAGCUCUCCGAGAAGCUCCGGCGGCUCCGGAAGAAGUUCCGGGUCAUUUCGACCCGUUUGUGUAAGGGUAUGGAUCGAUCGCAGUUGUCGCUGCACGAUCGCGCGCUCUACGGCUUGUCGGAGCAGCUCUGGCAUCCGGACUACGCCGCCACCUCGCCUUUCAGCGGCGCCAGAAAUGUUGGCGGUGGCGGCGGUCGUAGCGGCGGUGGCGGUGGUGAUGGGGAGAUGAAAAGAUCGGAACUCGUUGGAAUAAAGGUUGAUUUUUCGCCGAAUUUGCCGGUGGUAAUUUCUGGUUCCGAUCAAGAGAAUGAUGUGGAUUUGGAUUUGGAUUUGGAUUUGGAAUUGGAUGGUGAAAGUGAAGAAGUUCAGUUGAGUGAGGUUAAUGUGGAGUUUGAAGGGGAAGAGGAAGAAGCUGUCGACGAUGAUUCGGUGGAGGGGAUUGGUGGUGGUGGGGCCGCGGUGAAUAGUGAUUCCGGCGGUGAGAAUAGAAUCGGAGAGGCCGCAGCGAAAGUGGUGGUGAAUGUGUUUGAUGAGUGCUUCAAAGACGUUAGAAAGAGGUUUCUUCUAUCCGAUCAAGGCGGCGAAACUGGCGGCGGUGGUGGUGGUGGUAGUGCAGAUACUUUUCAAGUGCGGUGGCAAAAGCAACGGAUUGCGGAAUUGGAUGUUCUCGGUAGCCGAUUGAGGUUGGUAAUCGAGCAUUCUCUUCAAAAGCAUUGAGUAAAUAUGAUUUUUUUUUUUUCGAAUUAUAGGGUUAUUUUCUUGAUUUUUACAUCAGUCGUAGCUAUUUCCGAUAGUUUGUACAUUUCGAUUUGGUAAUGGAGAAUAAAGGGUUCUCUAUUUCAAUGAUAAUUCUUUUUGUUCGUGGCAGUAUAUUAACCGAUUGUCGUUAGAAACGAAACUUGCCCAACUGAAGCUAUUUCCGAUAGUUUGUACAUUUCGAUUUGGUAAUGAAGAAUAAAGGGUUCUCUA